AUGAUCUUCCGGGCGGCAUUGAAUCUGGCCCGGCGCAGCGGGGUGGCCCGGCUUCCGUUUGUCCGGUUCCAGGCCACGGCCACGCCGACCCAGCAGCCGUCGAAACAGCAAAACCAGAACAGCCCUAAGUCCUUCAAACCCAGGGUCAACAGGAAAGUCAGAGACAUCACACAGCAGGUCCAGGCGCUGGCCGAGGCGGCGCUGCCCACGGAUCUUUCCGAAGCUAUUGAUAUUUUGGAAGAAGGCGUGUCGUAUCUUAGGGAGGUGCAGGUGGCAGAACGGGUCAGGGAAAGAGAGCUCUUCGAUGCUUUCCAGCCCAGUUUGGCGAUUUUGAUGGGCAAGAUGGCCGGGGCCAACAUGGGCGGACGCAGCCAGGAGGACGUGUUGGACAUGUUGGUGGAGCACCGGAUUGCCCACGGAGCGUUGUUUUCGAAUUUGGCCAAAGAGGUGAUCAAAGGCUCCGGUGAGGGUAAAUACGCUGCUGUGUUGCAGUUAUGGCUCAAGUUUUUGGACUACGACAAGACCAUGCACGCGGAGAAGGUGCCCAUCAACAAGGAGCUCGCCGAGUACAAGCAGCACGGUUUUUUUUGGGCUGAUUUCAAGGAUUUGGCCUACUACUCGUUUGUGAUGCAGUGUGUUUCAGAAGGAGUCCAGCCGACCGUGGAGGACGCUCUCAAGGUCAUUUCUGCCGGUAAAGCCGAGUCGAAUCUUCCUCGUUACCACCACGUUGAAACCGCCUUGCGUAGAGCUGGUGCUUCUGAGGAUAUGGCUGCUUUCAAGAAAGUGCACAAUGCCAUGAUGGCCCAGGUCAGAGAACCAAACGGGCCUGACGUGAACAGACACAUCAAAAACGCCGUGGAGAGCCGUUCGGCCAGCAGACUCGAAAAGGUGUACACGAUGAUUUUGGAGGCCUCCGAGAAGCUGAAACAGCCUGUUUCAGAGCACACCUUGAACAAGCUCAUGCUUGCGUUCAUCGACAUCGGCGCCUACAACCGUGUUUUCGAUAUUUUCAGAAGCAUGCUUGCCAGUGGUAUUUCCCAGCCCAACCAGAACUCGUUUGACCUUGUUUUCAAGGCCAUGGGCCAUCCUGAGCGUUUGAAGCCAAUGAACGAAAAAGAGCGUCUUGCCGAGGCCAAAACCGUCGAUGCCACUUACAAAGCCAUGCUAGCGUCGGGCCGCAAAAUGACCCCCAAGACGUUGGCGUACGUGGUGGCCUGUUUUGCCAAUACUAACGAUUUUGCACGUGUGGACGAGUUGAUGAAGAAAUACUCCAACUUCACCACGAUCGACGCCACGAAAAACAACAUUCUCAUUGGCCUUGCUUUGAACAAUAAGAUCGAGGAGGCCGAGCAGAAACUCAAGGAGUUCUUGACCAAAGACCCGGCUUUCACGCCCUACACUUACACCAUGAACACCUUGUUUGCUCACUAUACGAAACAGCGCCGUUUCGACGAUGCUGAAAAAUUGCUUGAGUUCAUGAAACGCAAAAAUAUCCCCGAAGACGUCGCCACAGUCACCACGGCCAUCGACUUCUACUUCAAGCUCAUCACCUCCAGAGGCCAGGUGCCUGAUAUUGCCCUGGUUUUGGAGAAAUUGAGACAAACCGACCUCGAGUUCACCCAGGGUACCGUCAACACCAUUCUUGAUACCUUGUGCAGAGCUGGAGUCAACUUGAACGCUGCCAGAGCCGUUUACAAGCACUUCACCAGUGAAAACCCUAGAUUCAGGUACUCUCCAGCCAUGGCUGCUACGAUGAUCAGAGCGGAAUUGUCGUUUGGCUCUGUUUACAAUGCCGAAGCCUAUUUCGAUUUUUUCGUCAAGAACAUCGAAAACACCACUCGCAUGUGGAACAUGAUGAUCAGAGGUCUUUUGUCCAAGGACACUGGCCUUGCGGUGGACUACUUCAACAAGAUGAAGACACAGAAAGCCGCAGGUGUUCAGCCUAACGCUUACACAUUCUACUUUUUGCUUUCUCACUUCAGAAAGACCAAUAACGCUGAGAAGGUCAAGUGGACGCUUGAGGAGCUUGCCAAGGCGGACUUGAAGACGUAUGGUGACGUCUUGCCUGGUUUGGUUGACUCCUUGAAGGCUGACUUCAGAGUGGAUCCAGCACUUGUGGCGAAGCUCAGACUGUAA